CAGAGCCCGUUGGCUUUCUGACCCGCCGCCCUGUGUGUUCAGUGGUGAGCAGCACCGCUUAAGGGGGAGAGAGACAGACUGAAAAAAAGUUAGAAAAGAGUUGUCAGGACCUCUGCACCUGGGUGUCUGAGCCUAAGUGAAAGCAGCAGAGAAGGGCUCAGCCGCCACGGAAUUACGUGAAAGGAUGAAUUUUGGAUGAUUUAAGCGAUUAAACUUAGGAGUGUUUUAUUCUACAACAAAGACUAGUCGAAAGAGGAAAGAGUUCCUAAGAUUGAGGUGCUCAAUAAUAAAAACGUAACGUGUGUGACAUGGCCUUGGGACUGGAUAGUGAAUAGAGGCUGGAAGGAGACUUAGUGGACAGGUACGUGCGAGGCAACUAGAAUUGAAGGAACUAGGAUUGAAGUCUGGAAGCGUGGGAAAUCAUGUUUUGAUUUAGGGAAAAGUUGAUCUAAAAGUUGAUAAUUAUAACCAGUUCCUACACAGUUGCUUCAGCCUCACUCCGAGUAGAUGUGAUGUUGGCAUGUUCCUGGGGGACGGAGACUUUAACCUGUAGAAGGGAGGAGGGGGUGAUGGAAGAGUUGCCUCUAAACAGCCGAAAGGCUUCUUUGUGGAAAGCGGUGAGAUUUCUUCUGUGUGGCUUCUGAUAGCAAAACUAAGACUAGUGGUUUGAAGCACUAAGAGAGAGUCCUCAGGAGAGCUGUCUAAAGAUGGGGUCAUCGCCGUGAGAGGCACUGAAUUCCCUGUCAGGGAGCUUUGUAAGCGGAACGCUCUCAGCUAAGAAACGUGGCUGUCCCCUCUCCCUCUGGGCGCAUCUUCAGUUACCUACUGAGUUCUGGUUCUCAAGUCUGUUCUUUUCUUCCCUCUCCCUCCACCGGUGCAGCCGUGUAGCCUUGCGUCGUCUUGCAGCAGGUACAACAUGGUAACUAUAGCAGCUCAUGCCUGCUGUGAUUACUGAUUGCCAGGGCAGCCCCUGUGUGGGGUGAAGCUCCCGUCUCUACUCCUGUCCCCCACCCUGUUGUGGGCCACUGGCUGCAGGAUGAACUGUCGCUCGGAGGUGCUGGAGGUGUCGGUGGAGGGGCGGCAGGUGGAGGAGGCCAUGCUGGCUGUGCUGCACACGGUGCUCCUGCAUCGCAGCACAGGCAAGUUCCACUACAAGAAGGAGGGCACCUACUCCAUCGGCACCGUGGGCACCCAGGAUGUCGACUGUGACUUCAUCGAUUUCACCUACGUGCGCGUCUCCUCUGAGGAGCUGGACCGUGCCCUGCGCAAGGUUGUUGGGGAAUUCAAGGAUGCACUGCGCAACUCAGGUGGUGAUGGGCUAGGGCAGAUGUCCUUGGAGUUCUACCAGAAGAAGAAGUCUCGCUGGCCUUUCUCAGACGAGUGCAUCCCCUGGGAAGUGUGGACAGUCAAGGUGCACGUGGUGGCCCUGGCCACGGAGCAGGAGCGGCAGAUCUGCCGGGAGAAGGUGGGCGAGAAGCUCUGUGAGAAGAUCAUCAACAUCGUGGAGGUGAUGAACCGGCAUGAGUACCUGCCCAAGAUGCCCACGCAGUCGGAGGUGGACAACGUGUUUGACACAGGCUUGCGGGACGUGCAGCCCUACCUCUACAAGAUCUCCUUCCAAAUCACCGACGCCCUGGGCACCUCAGUCACCACCACCAUGCGCAGGCUCAUCAAAGACACCCUUGCUCUCUAGGCCGUGCUGGGUGCCUUGGGUGCUCCUUGACGGCUUGCAAACCUCGGCCUCUGGGGAUUGUACUCUCAGGCCCUUGGGGCUCUGGAACCUGCUCCGGGUCCUUGGUAAGGCUUGGAAGGGCCAUCCCCUGGCUUCCUUGAUUUGUGGUUGCCAGUCUCUGGCCAGCCUCGUAACCUUCACUGACGGUCAGGUCAGGCCAAUACUGUCUGCCACCUCUGGUGGAUCCCCCUUCCUCCUCUACUGUAUAGAAGGGCCAUCACUGUGAUGGUGAAUAAAGUUGAGAAUGUGGGUUUGGGUUGA